UAUAAGGCCUGGGAACCAGAAGCUGAGGCACUGCCAGCAGCUGCCCUGCUCUGAAGGACCUUGCACGGUCCAGGUGAUUCCAGCUGUCACCCAGCGACCGCUGCCUCCAGCCCCACAGGCCGCUGUCAUGUCAGCUUCGGGAGACGAGGCCAGGGGUCACCCCAAAUCCAAAGGCAAGAGCCUGAGCAGUUUCUUCGGGUCCCUGCCUGGCUUCAGCUCUGCCCGGAAUCUGGUGUCCCACACUCACAGCUCCCCAAAGGACGCAGGACCGGCCACAGACCCCACAGGGACUUCUGUCCCCCCAUCUCUGGGGGCCACCGACCUGCAGCGGAUGGCAAGAGGUGCGGCGGGGCUGCUCCAGCCUUCUCAACAGGCAACGGCUGCACAAAAGGACGAGGGAGGCUUCAGUGUGACCAGUGGCAAAGAUGCCUUAUCCUCCGGGGUGGCUGGCAUCAUGGACACAGCCAAAGGAAUGGUCCAGGGUGGCCUGGGCGUCACCCAGUCCGCCCUUGUGGGCACUAAGGAGGCAGUGUCCGGAGGCGUCAUGGGAGCAGUAGGUAUGGCCAAAGGUCUUGUCCAGGGAGGCCUGGACACCUCCAAGUCUGUGGUCAUGGGCACCAAGGACACAGUGACCACAGGACUCACGGGGGCCAUGAACGUGGCCAAGGGGACAGUGCAGACGGGCCUGGACACCAGCAAGAGUGUGCUGAUGGGCACCAAGGACACAGUGACCACAGGACUCACGGGGGCUGUGAACGUGGCCAAGGGGACAGUGCAGACGGGCCUGGACACCAGCAAGAGUGUGCUGAUGGGCACCAAGGACACAGUGACCACAGGACUCACGGGCUGUGAACAUGGCCAAGGGACAGUGCAGACGGGCCUGGACACCAGCAAGAGUGCGCUGAUGGGCACCAAGGACACCGUGACCACAGGACUCACGGGAGCCAUGAACGUGGCCAAGGGGACAGUGCAGACGGGCCUGGACACCAGCAAGAGCGUGCUGAUGGGCACCAAGGACACAGUGACCACAGGACUCACGGGGGCCGUGAACAUGGCCAAAGGGACAGUGCAGACGGGCCUGGACACCAGCAAGAGUGUGCUGAUGGGCACCAAGGACACAGUAACCACAGGACUCACAGGGGCCAUGAAUGUGGCCAAGGGGACAGUGCAGACGGGCCUGGACACCAGCAAGAGUGUGCUGAUGGGCACCAAGGACACAGUAACCACAGGACUCACAGGGGCCAUGAAUGUGGCCAAGGGGACAGUGCAGACGGGCCUGGACACCAGUAAGAGCGUGCUGAUGGGCACCAAGGACACAGUAACCACAGGACUCACAGGGGCCAUGAACGUGGCCAAGGGGACAGUGCAGACGGGCCUGGACACCAGCAAGAGCGUGCUGAUGGGCACCAAGGACACAGUAACCACAGGACUCACAGGGGCCAUGAAUGUGGCAAAAGUGGCUGCCCAGGGAGGCCUGGACACCACCAAGUCUGUGGUCAUGGGCACCAAGGACACAGUGACCAUAGGACUCACGGGGGCCGUGAAUGUGGCAAAAGUGGCUGCCCAGGGAGGCCUGGACACCUCCAAGUCUGUAGUCAUGGGCACCAAGGACAUAGUGACCACAGGACUCACGGGGGCCAUGAACGUGGCCAAGGGGACAGUGCAGACAGGCCUGGACACCAGCAAGAGCGUGCUGAUGGGCACCAAGGACACCGUGACCACAGGACUCACGGGGGCCAUGAAUGUGGCCAAGGGGACAGUGCAGACGGGCCUGGACACCAGCAAGAGUGUGCUGAUGGGCACCAAGGACACAGUGACCACAGGACUCACAGGGGCCAUGAAUGUGGCAAAAGUGGCUGCCCAGGGAGGCCUGGACACCACCAAGUCUGUGGUCAUGGGCACCAAGGACACAGUGACCACAGGACUCACGGGGGCCAUGAACGUGGCCAAGGGGACAGUGCAGACGGGCCUGGACACCAGCAAGAGUGUGCUGAUGGGCACCAAGGACACAGUGACCACAGGACUCACGGGGGCCGUGAACGUGGCCAAGGGGACAGUGCAGACGGGCCUGGACACCAGUAAGAGCGUGCUGAUGGGCACCAAGGACACCGUGACCACAGGACUCACGGGGGCCAUGAACGUGGCCAAGGGGACAGUGCAGACGGGCCUGGACACCAGCAAGAGUGUGCUGAUGGGCACCAAGGACACCGUGACCACAGGACUCACGGGGGCUGUGAAUGUGGCCAAGGGGACAGUGCAGACGGGCCUGGACACCAGUAAGAGCGUGCUGAUGGGCACCAAGAACACAGUAACCACAGGACUCACGGGGGCCAUGAAUGUGGCCAAGGGGACAGUGCAGACGGGCCUGGACACCAGCAAGAGCGUGCUGAUGGGCACCAAGGACACAGUGACCACAGGACUCACAGGGGCCAUGAAUGUGGCAAAAGUGGCUGCCCAGGGAGGCCUGGACACCACCAAGUCUGUGGUCAUGGGCACCAAGGACACAGUGACCACAGGACUCACGGGGCCUGAAUGUGGCAAAAGUGGCUGCCCAGGAGGCCUGGACACCUCCAAGUCUGUAGUCAUGGGCACCAAGGACAUAGUGACCAGACUCACGGGGGCCAUGAACGUGGCCAAGGGGACAGUGCAGACAGGCCUGGACACCAGCAAGAGCGUGCUGAUGGGCACCAAGGACACCGUGACCACAGGACUCACGGGGGCCAUGAACGUGGCCAAGGGGACAGUGCAGACGGGCCUGGACACCAGCAAGAGUGUGCUGAUGGGCACCAAGGACACAGUGACCACAGGACUCACGGGGGCCAUGAAUGUGGCUAAAGUGGCUGCCCAGGGAGGCCUGGACACCACCAAGUCUGUGGUCAUGGGCACCAAGGACACAGUGACCACAGGACUCACGGGGGCCGUGAACGUGGCCAAGGGGACAGUGCAGACGGGCCUGGACACCACCAAGUCUGUGGUCAUGGGCACCAAGGACACAGUGACCACAGGACUCACGGGGGCCGUGAACGUGGCCAAGGGGACAGUGCAGACGGGCCUGGACACCAGUAAGAGCGUGCUGAUGGGCACCAAGGACACCGUGACCACAGGACUCACGGGGGCUGUGAACGUGGCCAAGGGGACAGUGCAGACGGGCCUGGACACCAGUAAGAGCGUGCUGAUGGGCACCAAGAACACAGUAACCACAGGACUCACGGGGGCCGUGAAUGUGGCCAAGGGGACAGUGCAGACGGGCCUGGACACCAGCAAGAGCGUGCUGAUGGGCACCAAGGACACAGUAACCACAGGACUCACGGGGGCCAUGAACGUGGCCAAGGGCACAGUGCAGAUGGGCCUGGACACCAGCAAGAGUGUGCUGAUGGGCACCAAAGACACCGUGACCACAGGACUCACAGGGGCCAUGAAUGUGGCAAAAGUGGCUGCCAGGAGGCCUGGACACACCAAGUCUGUGGUCAUGGGCACCAAGGACACAGUGACCACAGGACUCACGGGGGCCGUGAACGUGGCCAAGGGGACAGUGCAGACGGGCCUGGACACCAGCAAGAGCGUGCUCACAGGUACGAAGGAUACUGUCUCUGCUGGGAUCACUGGGGCCAUGAACAUGGCUAAAGGUGUCAUUCAGAAGGGCCUGGACACAACCAAAGACACACAGUCUGUCAUGCUGUCUCCAGCAGAUAAUGUGGCCAUCAAUGCCACCCACACAAGUGUCCACACAGUCCCGAGUUCACUCUACAGCUCUCAUGCCACCACAUGUUAUGAGCCUGGCAGUUACAAAGCCACCAACCAAGGAGUCAAACAUGCUACUCUGACUUCUGCAGAGUCCCUGUGCUCUGAGAUCAGCAGCCUUGCAGACACAUGUGGCUUGGGGCUUGUCACGGAACCCACAGCUGCCACCAAAGAUCCUGUGUCUGGUGUAGUUUCAUCUGCCCACGCAGCUACCAGGUCUGAGGAUGAGUGUGGUCAGCUGGCUGCUAUAAACUUUGCUGCACUUCAUGAUGAGUUGGAGGGACUAGGGGACAUCUUUCAGCCCAUGACAGCUGAGGAACAAGCCCAGCUGGCAGCCUUGGAGUCAGGGCCCCGGGUGCUAUCUGCUGACCGGGGAAGCUACUUUGUCCGCCUGGGUGACCUGACACCCAGCUUCCGCCAGCGGGCUUUUGAACAUGCCCUGAGCCACAUACAGCACAACCAGUUCCAAGCCAGGGCUGCACUGGCCCAGCUCCAGGAGGUCUUACAGGUGACAGACAUGGCCAUGGAAGCGCCAGGCGGGCAGCUCUGCAGGGACCAGAGCUUGAGCUCCACGGUGGAGGCCGCUGGUACCCAUGAGGUUCGUGCUCCCGUGGCUCAGGACAGGCUGUGCGCGAUAGCCCGUCAGCUCCAUGCAGCUUACAGCGGCCUGGCAGCCAGCCUGCAGGGUCUGCCACAAGUGCAGCAGCAGGCAGGGCUGGCGCGGCACAGCCUCUGCAAGCUGUAUGGCCUUGUGUCCUCUUCGAGUGGCGGCAAGCUGCAGGCCGAGCAGCUGGCCCAGAGCAGUGCCAGUGUGGUCCAGACAUGGCAGGGCCUGGAGGUGCUGCUGGACAGGCUGCAGCAGAGCCCCCCACUUGGCUGGCUAGUGGGGCCGUUCGCUUUGACCCCUGGCGGCCAGCUGUAGGCAUCUGCACUUCCCCAAAGCUCUGGGCUAAGUGGGAGCAGAGGGUCCUUGGAAAGUGAAUUUGAAAGCAGCUACGGCUCCUGCUAUUUCCAAGAACUGAGGGCCCCUCUUCCAAACUAGUCACCACCAAGUCUGUUCAGAGAGCGUCCACACAGGUCUCCACGACAGAGCAAAGCAGAUGCACAGGCAAACCUAGAAGGUCUUCUAGCCAUACCCACUGGUAAGCCUUCCACCCUGGGGGCGGGGGCUCUGACCCUACCUUCAGGACUCUCCACCACGGAUGGCGUCACUCCACCCCAGGCCCCACGCUGGGGCAUCCAGAGCUCUUAGCUGACAUACUAGGCAACUUGUUCCCUGGCACUAGAAUGUACUAGAAUGCACAGCCACCCUAAGUUAAGUUCCCACAGCCUCUUCUGAUAGCUAGUGGGGGGUAGAGCCACUCAAAGCCACACACUUAUAUCCCAGGAUGCUUCAGGCCUCAGACCUGCUCUGUUGGGAAAAGGAGGGUCACAAACAUUACUGAAUGGAGACAGGGCUGACUUGACAGGGCCAGCACUGCUCUGAGCAGUCGAAGGCUGUGCCGACAGGAGACACGGGCAGGUGACGGCCCCUCCCUCACCCUAUGCACUCCAGUCCGAAGCACAGGAGAUGACGGGGCCAAGGCCCUCCCUUGUGGGCACAUCACCCAAGACCACAGCACAGCCCCCUGAACCUCAGCAGUGCUAGCAACCCCAACCUUUCAGCUCCCUUUCAUCUGCACCCUUGGAAAGUAACAAUGUCCAUGAGUUCCCAGGCUGGGCCAGCUGUGACAGAGGAAUGCCAUGACGGAGAUGGCAAGGAGCCUUCCCGAGCCGUUCCCUGUCCUUCUGCCAUGUCAGCAGAACACCGACUCAGCCACCGACAAACACUGAUGGCCUGCAGCUAAGUCCUCCAGGAGAUGAGCCUCAUUACAUCAUGUCCAGUUCUUGGUGGCCACGGAGGCAGGGGAUACACUGGGAGGCAUGUACCCAACCUGAGCCCACAGGGAACACAGCAGAGUGGAAAAGCCACUGCUCAAAGCCACACAGCGAGAGCAGGAUGGGACAGUGUGGACUGAGCUGCCCCAGAACCACAUUGCUGGCCUCCACUGGCGGCCCCUGCAUAGCUGGGGAUGGCCAUGACGGGGCUGAGUCUCUCCUGCUGGCCUGUCCUUAGCGUCUGCUCCACAGGAACAGGCCACUCACUGCGGGACGAGCUCUGCUGAGCUGUAAACGGGAACCCUGCCCUGUGCCAGGCCUGGCUCCCAUGCUGCUCAUGGUGGCUGGUACCUCAGCACUGUGUCAGGCCUAGUGCCCUGGCCCUAGCCCAGCUGCAUUUCACAUCAGAACACCAAGCCAAUAAAAGCUGUUUCUUUUUCAUUAUAAAA